GUACAAGGAAUCAUUUUCUUGAAGGAAAAUCAAACAUCACGAGCGACCAGACCACUGGGGAGGAGUGGCAGGGAAGAGGAGUGACAACGUUGGUGUGAGGCAACAGCCCCAGCAGCAGGAGGGACCCCUCGUGCCAACAGCAGUGGCAGCAGCCAGUGAGGCAGCUGAGGGGCUCAGCCAGUGAGUGGUGCGAGGCGCGUCUCCGCCAACGAGCAGGCCAGCCCGACCAGGCCCCAGCGACCGCCAUCUUGCGUGCGGCUCUGAGGCGGCACCACUCUCCCCCAGCCUCCCUUGCAACCUGCAACCCCGCCGGUCGUGCUCCCACUGAUCGGGGCCCGACACGUCGCUUCCCGCCCCGCGCCCCCUCGCUGGUCACGACUAUUCUCCCCGAUUCCCGUGCCCGCGUCCUGCCCAGGGUGUGAGCUCGAUGCCGCCAGCGAGGACCCAGCCAGCACCCGAGGCCGUCCCCGCUACUGCCCGCUGCCACCCUAACUGAAUAGGUCCCACGUGGGCAGCGGCGAGGGAGGAGGACUAGACAGGAUGAACGGAUCACUGUAUGAGGACACGGCCAGUUCUCGAGGCCUGGAGCCCGCGGGCCAGACACCGCUGCACAUCCCGGCCAAGAGAGUGGCCACCACGCUGGCCGUGUCCACCUACCCUCACCCGCCCGAGUGCCCCACGGGGCCAGACUCGGGCGCCGCGGCGGGUGUCAUCAGGCACUCCCACUCCACACAGCCUUGGAAUUACCAGCCAGACCACGCCGCGGCCACGGCCCCCUUCGACUCCCAGUAUGGCCAGGCCUUCUACCGGGAUGGCGUCACGCCCACAUACUACAAUAUUGCGGACUCCAGAAUGGCUGACCGCAAGGCUCUGGCGUUUUGGCCCAACAAAUGCGAGUACGCCCCUGGACCCUCCUCCAUGGCGACGGAGUCCUGCCAGGCCUUCGCUGCCCAGACGUGGUGUAACUAUCCUCCGUACGGGCGCGUGGGCCAUGUGGACGCCCACGGCCAGCCAGUGCCAUACCUGACGGCGGCAGACGGUGCCCCCAAGUCUGCAGUGGAGGCGGCGGCAGGGUACCCCCACGACGGCUACCUGAGGAACUACCCAACGGCCGAGAGCAUGCCCCCGGCGCCCUAUCCACCAGCGCACCGGCCGCCCUUCCCCGUCUCUCACCCAGAUGUGAACUGGCUGUACGGGGCUAAGGGGAACCCGCUUGUAGGAGCGCUGGGCACCAUCCCACAGGAGUGGACAGGCACUAUGACCGUGAGGAAGAAGCGGAAGCCGUACUCCAAGUUCCAGACACUGGAGCUGGAGAAGGAGUUCUUGUAUAACGCCUACGUGUCCAAGCAGAAGCGCUGGGAGUUGGCGCGCAACCUAAACCUCACUGAACGACAGGUCAAAAUAUGGUUCCAGAAUCGUCGGAUGAAGAACAAGAAAAAUAGCCAAAGACAGGCUGCGCAGGAGGCAGCAGCAGCAGCAGCGAACGGUGGCGGCGGCACUCCUUCUUCCGGGGGCGGCACCCCCGGCCAUCACCCUACCACCCCCCAGACGCCGAACACUAUCAAACCUUGACCAGUGCAGGCAGCCUGUCCCACCGCCGCCAGUCUGCCCCCCGCCCCGGCCUUAGCGCACGCCCACCCCGCCCUCCCCACCAGCUCGGGGGAGUGCAGGCGUGACCCCCUCCACUACGCAGGGGCGAGGGACCUUCCCUGGAACCUGCCGUGACUUGCUGAGGCGCACAGCCACCUGCUUCAGGGCGCUGCCACAUGCUGAAGAACGCCAUGAUCUGCUGCAGCACACAUCGGCCUGCUGCAGGGUACCGUAAGGCCCUGAGAUGUCCCACGGCCUGUAGAGGAACUCCAAUAUUCUGCUUCCCUGCAUUGGACUUGGAGCAAUGUGCAGCGGAAUGCUGGGGAACACCGUGCCCUGCUGUGGGGCGCUUUAUGUAUUGCAGGAACCAUGGCGUACUGCAGUGCACAGUUCCCUGUUGCAGUGAAGCCCACAGUGAGACUCGUCAGGUAACAGACCUCACUCGCCCCCAGUGGCGAGGGAGUAACCAGUCAGGCUGGCGACGGUCCUGGACAGGAAAACGAAACUUCCAUACUCUAUCAUACACAAGAAAGAGACUUGUUCUUCUCUCAAAGAGCACCGAUCCCAAGUUAUUGCGCUCACCUCUCACUAACACCCCUUCCCAAACCCUUAACCCCGCCCUGCCCCACAAACAUUACCUGUCCUCAUCCCCGCCAACCCCGGCGGGGACAUGGCAUGGGAGGCAGCCACGUGGCCUCCAGCCCCACAGUGAUGUUCCUAGUGCAGUGAAAAUAAAACAUGCUCCAAGAGGUGAGGCGAAGGACAACACGUGGAGACAGACAAACCGGUGAAGGAGGGACGUCGGCGAGGAGUGCAGGAGUGAAGGAACACUAAUAACUCGUCCCUCUUCUCGUCCCUAACCAACAUGUUCCCCCCAGUUACGCCCCUUUGUACAUUACUAUUUAACGUCAGGUGUAAUAAAUGUAAAUAAUUCCAUUUCGUACGCUGUAGGUAUUGUGCUUCAUGUUCCAUAAUUCAUUUUUUUUCUCUCAGUGUAUCAGAGUUUAUCGUGAAGGUGUUGAUUACUAAGGCGCCGAGCCGCAGCCGCGUUCCUCUUGUCGAUAGCGAACAGGGCAGCUUUAUCUGUAUCUUAUUACGUUGUUACUACUCUGUUAUGUUUUGUUUGGGAACGCGACGCUACAAAAAAAGGUUAAUGUCUUUUAUUUUAGAACUUAGACGCAAUCCGUUCGUGUGUGUGUGUGUGUGUGUGUGUGUGUGUGUGUGUGUGUGUGUGUGUGUGUGUGUGUGUGUGUGAGUGAGUGAGCGUGAGUGUGUGUAUCUGUGUGUGUGUGUGUGUGUGUGUGUGUGUGUGUGUGUGUGUGUGUGUGUGUGUGUGUGUGUGUGUGUGUGUGUGUGUGUGUGUGUGUGUGUGUGUGUGUGUGUGUGUGUGUGAGAGAGAGAGAGAGAGAGAGAGAGAGAGAGAGAGAGAGAGAGAGAGAGAGAGAGAGAGAGAGAGAGAGAGAGAGAGAGAGAGAGAGAGAGA